CGACUGUACUAGGAAAGUGGAAAGUUGCCUUUUGCUUCCCCCGGAGCUCCUUCUCCUCCUCCAAUCCCUUUGCUAUGCCCGCUUGCCCGUAAAGUUGUCGUCGCCGUCGCUUCGUUGUCGCCAACUCCCUCUUCCCUGCGGAGAGUCCUUUCUUCAUCUGUCUACCAUGCCUCCUCCAUGGUCUUUCCUCCCGCAUAUCCCGUACCCGCCCUCCAGGGAUGGGUAUUGGAGCCCCGUCACAUCGACAUUGAACUGGUGCGAAGAGGACUACUAUGCCACAAUUUACUCCGCGGAGAUCGUCAACACCCUGACAAACCUACUGUUCAUGGCCCUCGGCGUCAAGGGCUUUCUCAGCUGCCGACGCAACGGACAUGACUCUAUCUUCCAGGUCGCAUUCUGCGGCUAUCUUGUCGUCGGGACAGGGAGCUUCCUCUUCCAUUCAACGUUGAAAUAUCCCAUGCAACUGGUCGACGAGCUUUCCAUGAUCUACACUACAUGCUUGAUGUGCUAUGCGUCCUUCUCAUACUCCAAACCUACUGGCUUUCGCAUCUUCCUGGCCAUUUUCCUGACCAGCUUGGCGGUCUUCAUCACCCUCUACUACCACUAUCUCCAGGACCCGCUAUUCCACCAGAAUGCAUACGGCAUUCUCACGGCCGUGGUGAUCAUACGCAGUAUAUAUACCAUGGAGGUGACGCUCCGCCCUCGGUGGCGCCACUCAACGGAGAAAGACCGGCUGGCUCGGGUAAAGCAGGGCCUGCCCGUCCCGUCCAAGGAGCGGCAGCACUAUGAGAAUGUGCGGGACUCCAAGACCCUCAAGACCAUGUGGUUUAUGGUCGUAUUUGGCUUGAGCGUGUUUCUGGGCGGCUUUGCGAUCUGGGGCUUGGACAACGUCUUCUGUUCCAAGAUCCGCGGAUGGCGCCAGAAAGUGGGUCUACCCUGGGGUAUCCUCCUCGAAGGCCAUGGCUGGUGGCACGUUAUGACCGGAUUUGGCGCAUAUCUUUACAUUGUCUGGGGCAUCUGGCUCCGCCACUGCUUGAACCAGCGCCAGGAGGAAUUCUACCUCUGGUGGCCUCACUUUUGGAACAUCCCCGAAAUUCUCCGCGCGAACGACAUACACAAGAGUGAGAAUGGCGGAACGAAGAAGUUAAAUUAG